CUGGUGGUUGCUGUCUUGAAAGGGGGGGCCUCCACUAAUUCUAUCUAAUUUCAUUUGUUUUGGACCCAAUGAAAUUACAAGACGAAAAGGUUAUGAAGUCAAAGUAAAACGAAAUCUGUCCGUAAUUUCAUUAGAAGGGAAUAUGAUAUCCAAAUUUUGGCAUCAGCAUUCAGCAGCAAUUGGGGGGAAUGGCAUAUGCAAUUGAUGCUUUUGUAAGUCCGUCGUAGCUUAAAAAAAGGACAUACGGUAGAUUGAUGAAAGAACGGUGUGUUUGUGUGUGGACACUUGAAGGGCAAAAAUAAAUCAUCAGCCACCUUAGCUUAGAGACAGAGUUGGAGGGGAGGAGGAGGAAGGGGGUCCACAACAAAGAAAACCUUAUCUAGUGCCAGCCAAUAAACUUGUAUACUAAAAGCUUGAAAAUCCAAACAAGUCUACUCGCAACACACGCUCCCAAUUGGAUCUCUUCAAAAAUUCGAGUACCCUGACCUGACCUGACCUGAGUGAGCACCCAAAGUGAGAUAGAGAUAGAGAUAGAGAUAGAGAUAGAGAGGCUAUGGCUCAUUCACUAGCCUCACCACGGCCACAACCACCACCCUCUACCGCAACAACAACUAAGAACAACUCCUUUUUCCAAUCUUGUGUGGGUUUCCAGAAAGUCAGGGCUUGCUAUCAUCAAGUAUCAGACGGUGCCAAUGCCCAUGACCGCAAUAACAGACUUGUUAUCAAUAGCCGCAGGAGUUUGGGAUUGGGUUUGGCUGGUGCACUUAUCAGCUUCAAUGUGAGUGACCCAAGUCCGAUUGCAAAUGCGGCAGCCAGACGGCCUCCACCGCCUCCAGCAGAGGAGAAGGAGAAAAAGGACCCCAAUGUGAGUGGAGUUAUAGCCAAAGUACUGGCCAGCAAAAAGAGGAAGGAAGCCAUGAAAGAUUCCGUGGCAAAGCUAAGAGAAAAGGGGAAGCUCAUUGAACAACCAUCCCAAUCCCAACCCUAGUUUCUUUCUUUCUCUCUCUCUCUCUCUCUCUCUCUUCUUUUUCAAGGACCGAAGGAAUGAAGAAGAGGGUUUUGUCCCUUCAUUGUUGUGUAUGCUCUUCCAGUAUUAUUAUUGGACAGGCUUUCAUUCGCA